AUGCCCUUGUUCCCGCGCAGAGGCCUUGUGCCCGCACAGCGACUGUACGCCCUCCACCAACGUCGCACAUUUCUCGGCCUCCAGCGAACACCAGCACCUUCGCCGAAGCAGAUGCGCCUACUCGUGCUUCAAGGACUCGGAGUCGUGCUUCUUGCCGACCUGGCCAUUGCCACAGCCCAGGGCGAACCUACGACCGUACGAUCCGUUGCUCAAAGCGCCGGCUUCUGGAAGCAACCUCCUCCUCUCCACCACGCCCACCAUGCGCGCGACGACAGGCACAUGCUCCAAGCCGACCAUGCUGUCGGUGGCACGACUGUAAAGACCAAUCCACUUCGGAACAGCGUUGGAUGA